AUGGCAGCUCACUUUGGAGCCGACUACGAACGCCAUCCUAUGGUCGCGCCUGUCUGGCAGAAGCGGGAAACCAUCAAACGGCAGCUCGACCACCUUGACUCGGCCGUGGGCGCCAUCUUGAAGCAUUUGAACAUCACGCAGCCUGGUGCAGGAACGAAUGGAGAUCCGAACGACUCUACCUCGGCGGAAACCGAGCGGCUUCCUGUCAUCGAAGCUCAGAUGAGCAGUACAAAUACAAUUCUCUCGAUUUCGGAGCGGCCGAGAUUCGUCUUCUUGCGCUGA